UCUACAGCAGCAGAAGAAGUAGUUGAGGUGGGACAAGAUCGUGCUCCAGCCCCACACAUCUCUCCAUACUACGGUCGCAGUGCACCGCCGGCGGCAGCUCGCAGUAGCGGCUGCAGGGCGAGGCCGUGGGUCUCCCGCGGGUGGCCAGAUAGGCCAGAUGCUCACACUCAGGCUGCAACUCCUUCGUGGAUGGGUUCAUUGAUGACCUCGUGGACUUGCUCUUCUGCAGGACUGGUCUGACGGUUUGGUUUUCAUCGAUGGAUCGAAACCAUUUGAGACCAGUCAGUCUCUGUCCAGACCAAACCAAUCCAAUCCAAUAAUAGCUAUCUCCUUUCAGUCGAGUCACCGGCUCACCACAGCGUCCCCUGCGGCGAGAGCAGAACGUCUCCGGCGAGUUCUUCGUCGACCACCGGUGCAUCGACUGCGCCAUCUGCCGGUGGAUGGCGCCGGAGGUGUUCAAGAGGGUGGACGGCAUGUCCGCCGUGGCGGCGCAGCCCAGCUUCGAGGAGGAGAGGACCAAGGCACUGCAGGCUUUGCUCUCUUGCCCAACAGCCUCCAUCCACACCGACAAGCCCGCGAAGGACAUUCUCCAAGUGCAGAACACGUUCCCGCUCCCCAUCAACGACGAUCUUCCUGGUGUUUACCUUUGCGGUUACCAUUCGGAGUCCUCAUAUGGAGCAACAUCAUAUCUCAUAGUCCACCCAGAAGGAAACAUAAUGGUUGACAGUCCAAGGUAUACGCCGAGACUGGUGGACAAGAUUGAGAAGCUCGGUGGAGCGCGCUACAUGUUUUUGACCCACAUUGAUGAUGUAGCGGAUCAUCGGAAGUGGGCCGAGCGGUUGAAAUGCGAGAGAAUCAUCCAUUUAGAAGAUGUAGUGGACAUUACUGCUGAUGUCGAGUGGAAACUUACUGGAAGUGGUCCCUGGAACAUUGGAAAUGAUUUUGAACUUAUCCAUACCCCAGGCCAUACUGAAGGCUCGGUCUGCUUGUUGUACAAACCGCUAAAGGCGCUAUUCACUGGCGACCAUGUCGCAAAAUCAGAAUAUUCAGACGAACUGAAUCUCUUUCGGAUGUACAGCAAGCAAUCAGUGAAUUUGCAACUGGAUAGUAUGAGGAAGUUACUGGACCUAGAUUUUGAGUGGUAUUUACCUGGGCAUGGCUAUCGAAUCCGGUAUGAAAAUGUACAGGCCAAAAAUGCAGCUAUUGAGUCUCUCCUAGCUAACUACAAAAACUAAGGCGCAUCUUGUGAUCACAUGCUUCCCAAAUAAGGAUUCCAGAAUAAAGGGACCAGGUUGAUAUGAAGUCCCAGUGUCCAACGAAAUAAUGAUCGAUGCUUUUACAUUUUGUCCAAACAUCAUGUAUUGUGGUACUUCAUAUCUCUCUCCAAGAUGUACAAGGCAUGGGUAUCCUUAUAUCAAAUUAGUAAUAUUAUUGGAUCAUCCUGCAAAAGAAAAUAUAUUUGCUUGCAGCAGAUUGUACAAGCAAGGAAAUCAUUCAGUCACUU